AUAGUUUCCAUUGCACACACGCGUCACUUCCUCUUCCCGACAACAGGUGAUUCGAGCUGCGUCUGUGAAACCGAUGGAACUGUUGCGUGGAAGAAGAAGAAGAAGGAGGACUCGGGUGUGAUGUCUUGACAGACACGCAGACGUUGACAUUAAGAGACAAACCCAGAGAAGGUGAAGCCAUGGCCUGUGCCCGAGUGCCACUGGAUGAGCAACAGGUGACAGAGCCCGGCCCGCUGGGGAAAGAGCGCACACUGCCUGCACUGCACCCGGAGAGGAAGGAGGAGCGAUGUUUUGUGCCUUACAAGCCGCCGCCGGAGGACGGCUCUCCCGCCGAGGUGGAGGAGUUUUUGGAAUAUGCCCGAUUCGUCAUGGAGGACAUGGAGUGGCUGCUCGCGCUGCCCCACGACAAGUUCUGGUGCCAGGUGGUGUUUGACGAGUCCCUGCAUACGUGCCUGGACUCGUAUCUGCGUCACGCCCCCCGGAGCCUGGACCUCGCCGCCCUGCCCUCCUCCCCGGCGGUGGCUGAGAUGCAGCGCUCCGUCCACAGGGUGGUCUUCUUGACUUUCCUGAGGAUGGCCACACAUAAAGAGUCCAAGGAGAACUUUCUCACCCCGACAGUUUUUGGAGAAAUAAUCUACCAAAACUUCCUCUUUGACAUUCCAAAGAUCAUGGAUCUGUGUGUGCUGUUCGGAAAGGGCAACAGCCAGCUGCUGCACAAGAUGAUCGACAACAUCUUUACCCAGCAACCGUCUUACUACACUGACCUGGAUGAGACUGUGCCCACUGUGCUAAUGGUGUUCGACUCGAUCCUGGACAAGUGCGGCCUUCAGUGUGAAGCCGCUGCCAUGGAGCCAAUGAAGCUGAAUGAACACAAGCAGCUCACUGCCAUGACCAUGAGCCUGCAGGAACUUGUAGAUAUACUUUUGUAUCUGUGCGACUCGACCACCACCAUCCACGCCUUCCUGGACAUAUUUCCUGCUGCCUGCUCCACCUUCUACUCCCACGGCUUCCUCGGCAGACUGACCUGGUUUUAUGAGACCGCUGUGCCUGAUCUCGAGAAGGCGGUGAGGAGGAGAAACUUUGAUGAUAAAGGACUUCAGGAGGACUUGUGGAAGAGGUUAUCCCACUCCUGUCGCAAAAUGGUGGAGUGCGCUCACCUGCUGCUGCACCACACCUGCCUGCAACCGAUCCUGGAGGGGAGAGAAAAUAUGCAGACGUCUGCAGAGGAACUCCUACAGCACUUCACAUCUUUCUUACCUGAAAAAAGGUUCCUGUCAGAUUACGACGAGCAGUUCCCCCUCGUGGACGACAUCAGCCUCCUGCAGCAGGCGCUGCCCGUCAUCGAUGAGACCAGGACGUCCUACCUGCUGCAGGGGGUGGAAAGUGCCUGGGACAGCGUCGGGCGGCGGAAACCUUCGAGCCAGAUUCGCUCCAACGCCGCCUCAUCGUUUUCGGCCAAUCAGGGAGCAGCGGGCGGGGCUGCCGCUGCCUCUUCGGGCAGCUGUAGACCUCGGGAGGUGCGGGAACCGGGAGAGGAGCGUGUGGAGGGAGCGGAGGCCAUGUUGGACGUUCCCCAGAAAGGAAACAACGGCGCCAUGUGUCCUAUGAGCACGGCAGAGCUGGAGUCUCUGCUGACGUGCAUCCGCGAGCUGCUGCCCGAUCUGGGCGAGGGCUUCGUGAUGGCCUGUCUGCAGGAGUACGACUACAACUCGGAGCUGGUCAUCAACAACAUCCUGGAGGACCGGUUGGCCCCGAGCCUGGACAAGCUGGACCGAGCCAUGCCAAGGCCCGUGAAAGAAGAGCUCCCAAGUCUCCUGAGCAACAGAUCCAACGUGUUCGACGACGACGAGUUUGACGUCUUCCGCCGGGACCAGGUGGACAUGUCCCGUGUCUGGAAGGGCAGGAGGAAAGGGGAGGACUCGCGAGAGAUGCUGAACGACAAGCGGCACAUCGAUGAGCAGCGAGCUCGGUACCAGGCCUACGAGACGGUGGUGGACGAGGUCGUCAUCGAGCCCGGCGAAGCUGCCUAUGGCCUGGGCGAGGACUACGACGACGAGUACGACGACACCUACGACAUGAGCCAAGUGGGAGCCAAUGACCUGGACGGAGAUAGUUUACUCAACCGAAGGCCGUUCACGAUUCCACAGAUAUUGAGAAAAGCAAAUAAACCAGAGGAAGAGGAGGAGGAUGAAGAGGAGGAGCCGUUACAAAGCAACGUGAACAGGGACCAGUUUGUGCAGGACCCGGCUCUGCUGAGGGAGCGAGCUGAGGCCAGGAGAGCAGCCAUGCACCAGAGGAAAGGUUUCCGACCGGAGCGCACCAGCAACGUCGUCGGCCAACCCAAAGGCCAAGGUCAGACCACGGACACAUUCCUGGACCGACGCAAGAAGGAAGCCAACAAGGGCCGCGGGGCCAACCACAACCGACGCAACAUGGCCGACCGCAAGAGGAACAAGGGCAUGAUCCCGUCCUGAUCUGCGUGUUACGGCCCCGCCGCCGCUCGAGCCCAACCGGACAGAUGAUGGUAGGAAGGAAGGAAGACGACGGUUGAGGGGGGAAGAAGGUUCAUGCUCUGGGUUUGAUUAGUUGUGACUUUUUGUUCGCGCUCCAGUCCAGAAGCGAAAAGCUUUUCAGUCGUUGGGGAGAAAAAGUUGAAUUAGUUCACAGACUUUCUUUGGCACUUUGGGCCGAGACUCUGAACAUCUGCUGUUUUUUUCUUUUUACAGCUCGUUUAUAACCAAAGUUCUGAGGACAGAAGAAUAAGAGCGCUCUAUUUUUGCCAAGUAACAAAUCAGUUUAUUAUCAUUAAGAUCGGUUGUGAUUGAAAGAAGCUUCUUUUGACAUCAUAAUCAUGAAGUAGACAACAUAGGAAAACAAAGGAUGAGACAACCAGGGUUUUUCUUAGUAGAGAGAGACUGCAGUUCCUUCUGUAGCUGGAAGAACAAUUACCGACGUGUUGUUCACGUCUGGAUGUCAGCGGCCGACUGUCCUCGUGACGUCGUCCAGCCGGUUCACAAUAAUCAAAACGAAACGUCUCUGACGUGUUGGUGUUUGGAAGCACGUGCCGUACAGAAGAGCCUCACGUCUGUCAAGACGAGCUGAAGGGAAAAAAGAAACCUCCUACACGUCGCCAUGCACAGACUAUUUUCUAUAGAGAGAACAGAUCUAUCAGAGCAAACACAAAAAGAAAAGCACAUGUAAUUGCUUUUUGGAGUUGACAUUGCAACAAUAAAUACAAUACUACAAUGUUUUUGA